AUGAAAUCCAGUGGGUUCCUCACUUCCAUCCUGCACCCCGUUUUAUCCCUCCGAUCAAAGCCAGUUAGGCUCGCAUUCUGCUCCACCGCCCUGCCGAAACCCCAGGUUCCAAUCUACCUCCGCCCUCCGGCAUUCCGCGCCCCACUCUCGGAGCUGAAAAAAUGGCACAAUUGGGCCGAGGACAGGGCCUCCGCAGUGGGUUCCACCUUCUCGGACCUGGACAACGGCCCGGACUCCACGCUCCUCCACCGGGAGCUCAAGUGGCUCGUCGAGGACGCGCUCGAACAACCCGCCGCUCUGCUUUCGCCCCGGAGUUCUGGCAGAAUUUACGGGGAUGACUCUCCGGUGCCGAUAAGGGUGUGUCUGGACGAACUUUACAAACUUUGGACGCAGAGGAUCGAAAAAAGGAGGCCGUUUCAGUACGUGGUGGGUUGCGAGCACUGGAGGGAUUUGAUUUUGAGCGUUGAGGAAGGGGUUUUGAUUCCACGGCCCGAGACCGAGACCAUUGUGAAUUUGGUCGAGGACGCUGUUAAAAGCAAUGGGGAAUUGAAAAACGGUGUGUGGGCCGAUUUGGGAACGGGAAGUGGGGCGCUUGCCAUUGGGAUUGCCCGGGUUUUGGGCCCGGCUGGCGGCAAAGUGGUGGGUGUUGAUUUGAGCUCGGUAGCUGUUGCCGUUGCAUCGUAUAAUGUUGAGAGGCAUAAUUUGCAGGAUAGGAUUUCCGUGAGGCUUGGGUCGUGGUUUGAUCCUCUGAAGGAUGUUGUAGGGGAACUCAGUGGACUGGUGAGCAAUCCACCGUAUAUCCCGAGUGAAGAUAUUGAGGGGCUACAAGCUGAGGUUUCUAGACACGAACCUAGAGUCGCGCUGGAUGGGGGAGCAAAUGGGAUGAAUCAUCUAAUCCAACUAUGGAAUGGAGCUGCUUUGGUGUUAAAAUCAGGUGGAUUUUUCGCGUUUGAGACAAAUGGUGAGAUGCAGAGCAAAUUUCUGGUGGAUCAUAUGCACUCAGCAGUUGAAGGAAGCUUCCGUAACGUAAGUAUUGUGUCUGAUUUUGCCGGAAUCCAAAGAUUUGUGACUGGAUACAGAGCCUGA